AGACAUUCUGAAGCUACCGUAGGUGUCGCUGCGAAACGGUUGUGCUCGAUGGAAUUUCGUUAUAUGACGGCGUUCCUUUCGAGCUGAUCUCGAUUCCGCCAUUGAAUCGUCGAUUGCAACGUGCACUAUUCUCCGUCACGCAUUUGGCAUCUUUAACGCUACAGGGAGCUUGCGAUGCAUCGGGUGGAGCACGCGUGAUGCGGACGUCCAGUCUUGACUUCGCGAUGUCUAUUUGCCUCAAUACUGUCCUUCAGGUUACAGGCGAUGCGAAACCAGGACAGCUAUAUCGACACUGUGCCCCACCGUUCUCGGCCGGCGCAGACAUCUCCGGUGCUCUGAUGUCUAGCGCUGGAAGACAUCAACCACCGCCAUUGAUUGCUGCACGGUCAAGCAAAGGCAGCGACAGCGGUAGUGGUGACGGGUCGCGAACCCCCACAAACUCCGAGCAGCGCUUAGCAGGAGGACGACCGAAGCGGACGCUCAUUGAGAGUGCAUGCUCAGCAUGUCGAAGAAGGAAGUCGAGGUGUGACGGUGCAAGGCCAUCAUGUACUCGCUGCCAGACGUUGCGUACCAACUGUCAGUAUGAGGCCGAAGAGGGCGAAAGCCGGUGGUCAGCCCUCCGUCGCCGCAAUCACAUCCUGGAAACUGAGCGCAACGAACUACGCGAAUUGCUGGGCUACUUGCAGAGUCUAUCGGAGCCCGACGCUCAGGAGCUCUUCCACCGCAUUCGUAACGGAGGCUACGAAGAAGUGUUCACUCUCGUUGCGCAACUCCGCGAGCGUGACGGCGUAACGCAGUUGAACUCGCUUCCCAGACCGCCACCAAUGCUCCACCAAGGAUCAACUUCGAGCUCCUCGGGCAACGAGCAACGCCUGCCACCGAUCUCGGUCAUGUUCGAAGUCUCGUCAGGAGGGCCACCUCCGGCCAACGUACCUGCACUCAACAACUACUACACCUCGCCGACUGCGCCCACGUUCCCUCCGAAUCUCCCUCGAGCACAGAGCGACGGUUCGAAUUACAGCCGCGGUUCGCAAUCGUCGAAUGAUUAUCCAUGGUCCGCAACGUCAGCACCCUGAAAGGAGUUACCGAAGUACAUAUAAACAUCCCCAUGAUGAUUUUGCUUCCGUCUGUCCGUGUGAUAUCCCGCAAUCCGCUGUCGGACAGCAGCUCUUGUUUUCACUCAAGCGUGGAUGGCACGUCAAUCAUCACAUCGUGUUUACGGCAUUCGAACGAAAUGCGCACAUUAAUAGACAGGGAGCCCAUGUCGAUACUGGAAUGCAUGCAAGCAUAGUUACGGCGUUUUACAGGCGGUCGGAGAACAGUCACUCUACAUCGUGAAUACACGUAGAGGUAGGCCUGAAGUCUACAUACAACGGA